GACGGGGACCGGGGCGACCGGGAAAGUGAGAGCUCCAGGCCCCGGCGCAGCUGCACGCUGGAGGGCGGGGCCAAGAACUAUGCAGAGAGCGAGCACAGCGAGGACGAGGACAACGACAAUGGCAGCACUGGCGGGGGCAGCGGCACGGCCGAGGAGGCCGGCAAGAAAGGCAAGAAGAAGAUGCCCAAGAAGAAGUCCCGCUACGAGCGCACAGAGAACGGAGAAAUCACCUCCUUCAUUACAGAGGACGACGUUGUUUACAGACCCGGAGAUUGUGUGUACAUCGAGAGUCGGCGGCCCAAUACUCCCUACUUCAUUUGUAGCAUUCAGGAUUUCAAGCUG